AUGGGAUACAAUUGUGUGUCCUUAAUACUAACAAUCUUGCUUGUCGUGAUUACAUGGACCGUGGUUUAUGGUAACGAUGCUACACCAAUUCCUCAGAACAAAAACCGAAUCGAGCAGUGGUUCAACAACAACGUCCCUUCGUUGGCUAGUAGAAAAUACACGUUAGAUCCAGCUCUGUUGACUGCUGAGGCUACCCCGCGUGUUAUUAAGGUGAGACAAAAUGGAAGAGGCGAUUUCAAGACAUUAACCGAGGCGAUAAAUAGUGUACCCGUAGGGAACAAGGAACGCGUGAUCAUCAAGUUAGGUCACGGUGAAUACAAAGAGAAGGUUACGAUCGAUAGAAACAAGCCUUUCAUCACAUUGUACGGUGAUCCAAAUGCGAUGCCCGUGUUGACAUUCGAUGGUACGGCAGCCGAAUACGGAACAGUCGAUAGCGCAACUCUCAUUGUCUUGUCCGACUACUUCAUGGCCAUUAACAUCAUUGUCAAGAAUUCUGCUCCAAUGCCGGAUGGGAAAAGGAAAGGAGCACAAGCUUUAUCUAUGAGAAUCUCUGGCAACAAAGCAGCUUUCUAUAACUGUAAAUUCUAUGGUUAUCAAGACACGAUUUGUGAUGACACUGGAAACCAUUUCUUCAAAGACUGUUACAUCGAAGGGACAUUUGAUUUCAUCUUUGGGAGCGGACGCUCUUUAUACCUCAGUACACAACUAAACGUUGUGGGAGAUGGACUCAGAGUGAUCACAGCUCAUGCGGGGAAAAGCACGGAAGAGAAAAGCGGGUAUUCAUUCGUGCACUGCAAGGUUACAGGGACUGGAACUGGGAUUUACUUGGGUCGAGCAUGGAUGAGCCACCCCAAGGUCGUCUACGCAUACACUGACAUGUCAAGUGUUGUAAACCCGUCUGGAUGGCAUAAAAACACCCAAACAGAGCGUGACAAGACGGUGUUCUAUGGAGAGUAUAAGUGA